GCAAUAUCUAUAAAUAUAAGUUGCGAUUUAAUGCAACGGGUUAUUUGACUGAUGUAACAGUACCAGUAGAGGCUUAAGAAAAUGUUGGAGCUCAAUAAAAGGACACACAAAGUGCUGACGUAUGCGUUGGUGGCCUUGGUGCUGCUGCAAGUGCUGUUCAAGCCCACCGAAGCGGCGACAAAGUGUCACAAAUGCACCGGGAUUAAUUGUCAACGCACGACUUACGCAGCCACGGAGGAUUGCACAGACGCGCUGGACAGUUGUGUCACCGUUUUUCAAGAAUCUAUGGUCCUAGCACAAGGCUGCCUUGGUCAAUUAGCCGUAGAGUUACGUAAGAAAUGUGAAAUGCCAAGCACUGAGCAGACCGAUGGAGCCGAAAUGACCGAUGUUGAUGCCACCGUGCCCGCUGUUAAUAGAAACUGUCAUCAGUGUAGUGAGGAUUUGUGUAAUAAUCUUAGCGCUGAGGGUACCGACUGCUUACAGUGUGAUUCAAAUGAGGAAGCCAAAUGUGCGAGUGAUACUGAAAGUCUGCAACCACAAAGAUGUCCUAUUUCAAAGGCCGUAAAUACAUAUUGUUAUGCCAAAAUCGAGGCAAGCCGUGCAACACGUGGUUGUGCCACAGAUUUGGCGCAGCAAAAAGAAUGUCUGAGCAAUAGUGGCUGUAGUCUCUGCUCACCUAGCGAUAUUAAUGGCUGCAAUCGUGAUCCUAAGGUAGCAACAAAUGAUACAACUUCGAGUACAGGUGACUUCGACACGAGCUCAGGAGGCUCAGGUACUAGUAAUGACGGUUCGAGCUCUAGUGGCUCAGAUGGUAGCUCCAGUUCAGGUAUAAGUGGUGGUGACUCGAACUCUGGAAGCUCAGGUACUGGUGGUAGCGGUUCGAGCUCUGGUGGUUCCAGCGGUGGCUCAGAUAGUGGAACAAGUUCUGGUACGGGAAAUGGAGGUUCGAGUUCUGGAGCUGGCAAUGGCGGCUCAGAUAGUGGAGCAGGUUCAGGCUCAGGUACAGGUGGCGGUGGCUCCAGCUCUGGAAGUUCAGGUACUAGUAAUGGCGGUUCGAGUUCCGGUGGCUCCAGUUCAGGUACAAGUGGUGGUGACUCGAACUCUGGAAGCUCAGGUACUGGUGGUAGCGGUUCGAGCUCUGGUGGUUCCAGCGGUGGCUCAGAUAGUGGUACAAGUUCUGGUACGGGAGAUGGAGGUUCGAGUUCUGGAAGUGGCAGCAGUGGCUCGGGUUCCGAUGCAGGCACAGGUGGCAGUGACUCGAGCUCUGGAAGUGGUUCAGGUUCUGGGUCAGACACUGAAAAUAGUGGUGCCUCCGGUUUAUCAAAUAAGUUCUUUGUCGCAGUGAUUUUGAUUGCAUUACCAAAAUUUAUAUAAUUUAAACAAGAACAGUAUUUAAAUUAAAGUCGUAAUAAGAUAUUUGACUAUAAUGGUUGUAAAAAAUGUUCUUUUAACUUUAUGAGAAACGUUUUCCUAACAAGGAAGCUUAAUCGAAGAGAUUUAAAAAUUAUAACUAAGAAAAUCUUAACCAGUAGCAACUGAAAUCGGGCGAGCCCUCAACGAAUCGAAUUAUCUGAUUAGGCUAUCAGUUUUAAUUAUCAUGUUUUUCUGUAUAGAACCGUACGAAGCUUUUAACACUUUGCUGGAGUGUGAAAUUUCCCCCGAUUUGUGGUGUAAUGAUAAGCAAAAACAAAUCUAUAGAUUGAGAGAUAUUUUGCUUGCUUUAAAUGAAAGAUAACAUUAUGGAAAAACUACAUGAAAUUUCCGGAAAGAAAAAAACCCAAGUCAAGGCUAUUAAAAAGUAAUGUUAAGACAUUGUAGUAACGCACAUUA